UUGUUUUUUAAAUGUGGGACAUUUAAGGAAUAAGAGGACAAGAGAAACCAAGAUAGGGAGAUUAUAACAAUGGAACAUCCCCAAGCCAACUGCCAAACUCUGAAUCAUAUUUAUGUUACAUCCCCACCACAGUUUCAAAAGAAAAUAGAGCUUCAUAUUACCAUCUUAUAAUCAAAUUCCUACUCCCCCCCCCUAUGAGUUCCUGUACACUCCAAGGCUUCGGCCUGCUGCUGGGGUUCGUUGAUCCAGAGCAAGCAACUCCCGACUGGAACAACAAGGCCGACAAUGCAUGGCAGCUCACAGCAGCCACCAUGGUCGGUCUCCAAACCGUUCCCGGACUGGUCAUCCUCUAUGGCAGCAUGGUGAAGAAAAAAUGGGCUGUCAACUCUGCCUUCAUGGCCCUCUAUGGCUUUGCUGCAGUGCUCGUCUGUUGGGUGUUGUGGGCACAUCGUAUGGCAUUCGGCGACCGAUUGUUCUGGCUUGUUGGUAAGCCUGGCAUAGCGCUGUCUGAAAGUUACCUUCUUAAACAGUCUACACAAGGCUGUUUUCCCAUGGCUGACUACGUGUUUUUCCAGUUUGCUUUUGCUGCCAUUACUGUCGUGUUGCUUGCUGGGUCCUUGCUGGGAAGGAUGAAUUUUGGUGCAUGGAUGCUUUUUGUUCCAAUGUGGCUAACUUUUUGUUACACUGUGGGGGCAUUUUGUAUAUGGGGGAAUGGGUUUAUUCAGAAGUACCUCAUUGACUAUGCCGGCGGCUACGUCAUUCAUCUUUCUUCUGGGGUGGCUGGAUUCACUGCUGCUUACUGGGUCGGGCCACGACACUCCCGUGACAGGCAAAACUUCCCACCAAACAACAUACUGCACAUGGUUGGCGGUGCAGGGUUUCUUUGGAUGGGCUGGACUGGAUUCAAUGGAGGUGCUCCAUUUGCGGCAGGUCGCAUUACAUCGCUAGCCAUUUUGAACACACAUGUUUGUACUGCAACAAGUCUCUUGAUCUGGGUUUCAAUGGACAUCAUAGUAUACAAGAAAAGCUCUGUGAUUGGUGCAGUUCAAGGGAUCAUCACUGGGCUUGUCUGCAUCACUCCUGGUGCAGGGCUUGUAGACACUGUCGCAGCUGUGGUGAUGGGCGUUCUUGCUGGUUUGGUUCCAUGGUACACCAUGAUGGUGUUGCAUAGGAGGCUGGCAUUCCUUCAGUGUGUCGAUGAUACUCUGGGUGUCUUCCACACGCACGCGGUAGCUGGUUCCAUGGGGGGACUUCUCACAGGUUUUUUUGCGAAACCAAGCCUUCUGAGAAUGUUGUAUCCAGAUUCUCUAUAUAGUCCAGGCUUCCUGUACGCUAUCUCCGAUAGAAAACUCAAAGAUGGCCUCAAACAAAUUGGCAUCCAGUUAGCAGGAGCAGUGUUUAUUACUCUCUGGAAUGCCAUUUUUACCAGCAUUAUCUGUUACCUGAUUAGCCAUAUUGUUAACUUACGGAUGAAAGAAGAGGACCUGGAGAUUGGUGAUGAUGCUGCUCAUGGAGAGGAACCCUAUGCGUUGUGGGGUGACGGAGAGAAGAUGCCAUCUUCAUUUCGUCUUCCACACACCCCUAGGUUUCCAUCGUUAUGCAGGUGGGAUUAGGAGAACCAGACUUGCAGUAAUUCUCACUGCUGCUGCAGUCACUCCAGCUCAGGAGUCUUGAGGCGCCAUUUCUGUAAA